AUGUUCGGUAAAGCUUGGAAGAUAUUAUUGGCAAUUUAUGCCAUUAGUAGUAUUAAAACCCUUCCGUUGGCAUAUGUAGCAAGAUUUUAUCUUUCAGUUUUCAGAAACUUAAUUUUACCCAAGAGUAAGUACCACAAAGGUAACAAUAAGAAUAGUUACGGUAUUACUACCGAAAAGAAAGGGGAUUUAGCUAUUUUCACCCCAGUAUCUUAUAGUUCAUAUGUUAGUCCUUUAGAGUAUGAUAUGUUUUUACACAAAUCCAAUUCCACCUACUUUGCUGACUUAGACAUGUCAAGAACCAAAUUGUUAUGUCAGGUGUUACAAAAAGGGUUCUAUAGUUAUAUGGAUAAUGAAUAUAAUGAUUUCAAGAAAAAACUGAUUUCAAAUAUUCCAUUUAUUCCUGUUGCUAGAGUUGAAUGUACUUUCAAGAAAGAAUUGAAAUUAUUUGAAUCUUAUGAAGUUGUUUCAAGAAUUGGUGCUUGGGAUGAUAAAUGGUUAUACGUUAUUUCCAAAUUUGUUAAAUCUCACGGUAAAGGUAAAAGGGUAGUAUGUAUAGCUAUUACCAGAUAUGUCUUUAAAACCGGGAGAAUGACAAUUCCGCCUAAAACUAUGGUUGAAAGAAGUGGAUUGUUAACCAAAGAGGCCGAAGCUCAAAAUGAAGAAUACUUAAAAUUAUUCACUCAUUAUGCUUCCACUGAACAAUUCGAAGAAUUGGUAGAUACUUUUUAG